AUGGAAAAGAGAUAUUUUGGAUUUCUUAUCGCUUUAAUGCUGAUAGCAUGUAAGCUUCUUUACUGUCAUGCAUUCCUUGAAUCCCCAGUGAAGAAGAAAAAUGUGGCUUAUAUUGGACUUAAAGAGGAAAUUCUGAAACUUGCAAAAGAUUCUGUGACCGAGGGGAUUUUAAAGGUCAGAAGAGAACUCGCGAAAAGCUUAGAGGACCUACGACUCGAUAUGAUGCGGCGAGAUGUGGAACUGUUUGAAGAAAUAUAUAAUAUGAAGGAAAAUUUGACCGGAAAUGAUACCGCUAGAGAAAAGCAGACGACAAGCCUAGAUGACAGAGAAAGAAAAGUUUCGAUAAAGAAGUUCGAAUACUUAGAGGCAGGUAUGAAAAAGGCAGCCCAGGAAAGUAAGAACAAUGCUGAUACACUCCAAGAAAAUGUGGAAAGAUUAGAUAGAGAGAACAGGAGGAUAUUAUCUCGGAUGGAUACAAUGGAAAUAACCCUAAUGAAAGUGGCAUCGCAAUCAUCCGUCAACCUGAAUGAUACGGAAGGAUUAAUUUUCAAAACCUACCUGCAAAAACUCCAGCAUGUAGAUGAUAGACUUAACGAUAUUAAUGAUACAAUGCAAGAUGUUUGUUACUCAACUACAGAAAUGCAAAAGGCCAUUGGGACAUUUCAAUCAGAAGUAAUGGAGCUGAAAAGCUAUGUUAACGCGCUCAGCGACCAUGUUAAUUCAACUUUAGAUCAUAAUACCAUAGCAAUACAAAAUCUUGAAGACUUGAGCAAGAAUAUUCAGCUUAACAUGUCCCAGGUUAUAAAUGAUAAUGAACAGCAUUUUUCAAACGAGUUAUUGUUAUUGAUGAGGAAUAUCUCUGAAGUAAGCAACCUGAGUAUUUCGAAUUUAAAUUAUUUUCAGGACCUUUUAUCACAUGAAAAACAUCUUGAGGUGCAAGUAAAUCACUCAAAACAAGAUCUUAAGAAUGAAAUGACAGCCUUGAAAAACCAGAUCAAUAAUACAGUAACUAAUUGGGAAGAUUUGAAAGAUAAGCAAUUAGAAAUAUCAGAUGAUUUAAUGAAGAGCAACUUGAAGAUUUCUUCCCUUUCUGAUGCUUGGAAUGUCACAAACGAAGAACUAGGAAGUCUGAACAAUUCUUUGUCUGAAAAGUUGACUGAUUUUAAAACGCAGGUUCAGUUAGUUUUCAAGGAGAAUUUAAACCAGAAUGAGCAACUGACCAACAUAACAGGCACUGUAGACUAUCUUCGACGUAAAGUAGAUACACUUAAAAUAGGUCUCUAUGCCCCCAAGAAGCUUUUCCACUUCCUGAAACACGCUAAGAAGGACUCAUGUGGUGUGUCACCACUUAAGGAGGGCGGCCUUCUCAAAUCAGAGCCAGUUGUAGAAGCUGACAUUUUAAACCGACAAUUUCAGUCUGUUUUCAGUCCAAAAUAUCCCUCUUCCCUCUCCCGGCUAUGUAACAUGAAGGUGAGUAAACGACAUAUCAGUACCCCUCACCAAGCCGAGUCUACCUCUUUUACUGACCAACCCUCCCCAGCAAGAAGACACAUGCCUGAAAUCAAGGUAACCAAAGAGGGAAUAGAAAAAGUUCUGAAAAAUCUAAAAACACACAAAACGGCUGGCACUAAUUUUUUCCACACAUUUACUAAAAGACCUGCACCAAGAGGUAAACCUUAUACUCCAGACCCUCUUUCAGCUCUCCUAUGA